ACAAACUACUUUAAAUUAUUUUCGGUUGCGGAAGUGGCUGAAUUAUUUGUUAAUGAUGUACAGUUCAGCGCGAUCAGCUCGAGCGGAGACUCGGAGUAGAGCAAAAGAUGAGAUUAAACGUGUUAUGCAAGCUAUUGACAAAGUUAGGAAAUGGGAAAAGAAAUGGGUGACAGUUGGUGAUUCUUCAUUGCGGAUUUACAAAUGGGUGCCUGUUCCAGAAGAUAAAAAAAAAAAUGUAAAAAAUGAUAAAGAAAUUCAGUCUCCAAGUAAUCAGGCUGGUGAACAGUCGGAGAAUGACAAAACUCAGGAAGGUAAGCAAUCUAAUGCAGAUUCUCCGUCUCAAGGCCAACAUAAAGAUUUCUCAUCAAUAUUAACAAAUGAAGACUCAAGACUAACUCCUUCAUCAGCAGUGAGUAAUGAUGAUUCAACAACACAAGAUUCUAACUGCAGUGAUGAUACAAAUACAAGCUACAAUGAUGAAGGUAAAGCUGAAUCUGUGUCUAAUACUAAUGAAAACACAAGUGAAGAACAUUCUUUAUUGUCAGCUCCCUCGUUACCAUUUAUCAGUGAAUCACAGGAUACACAAGACAGUCUAGAUGAACCUCCAACUAAGAAAAGUAAACCUGACUCUGCAACAAGUUGAUCUACUUGACUGAAUAGUUGAAAUAUAUGUGCAAAAUUUUGUUUUCAGAUUAUGUAUUCUUUAGACUAUAAUUAUUAUCACUCAUCUGAACAUUAUUGUUGCACACGACUCUUAUAGAAGCCAGUUUCUUAAUUACAGUUAGGAAAAAUGGAAUAAAUAGCACAACCCAACCUUGUCUGAAACAUCUACCUAUUUUGAAUAGUUACCAAAUAGUGGCUACUAUAUUUGUAGGUCUAGGCAGCUCUUUUCUAAUUACAACCUUGCCUAGAUUUUGCAUGCCAAUCCUGUAUUUUUUUAUGGCCCAACUUGAAAGUGUUUACCUGAGAGAAGUUGCCAUUUUGUAUCUGUUCUUGCACUGUCAUGUCAGAUUGUGACAUGACUAAUUUGCAUAACAAUAAAUCAUGUUAACACUGUUGCAUUGAUUGUUAUAAUUACAAUCCAAUUUUUCUCCAAGAUUAAAGAGUAGGGGCCCAUUACUCAACAAUUCUCAGGUUUGUGGAACCAGUGCCACUGUGAAAUUAUGAAAAUGUUAACUAUUCCACAUCACAUUUAGUUGUAGAAAGACAAAUACUGUUGGUCUACUUCCAUAUUUGGUAGUAUUGUAUUUAAGUGUGUUUCUUCUCGAUAAUUUAUUUCUAAAAUCAAGGAUUAUGCUGCAUCAGCAUUGUAUGAUGAAAAACUCGAUUUUUUUCUGAUGUACAAUUACAUUGAUUUACUUAGUUUUUCAGAGCAUUGUUCAUGCAAGUAUAUAGAUCAGGCAGUAUUGAUUUGAAUAGAUCACAUGUAUAUUCUAUUAUUUGUGGAAUAAAAUGAAUGAUAUCAUA